AUGCCUUUUUAUCAGGUUCUUAUGUGGGUGUUUGAGGAACAAAUCAAUGGAAAAAAGUUGACUUCUAUCAUUAACGAACAGCACGAGAAUGUACGCUAUCUCCCGGGAGUGAAACUGCCAACCAAUGUGGUCGCUACCCCUGACGUGUGCGAAGCUGCUAAAGAUGCGGAUGUGCUGAUAUUCGUUAUGCCUCAUCAGUUCCUGCAUAAAACCUGUCUACAGAUCAAACCUGUGCUUAAGCCAGGUGCAUAUGGUGUAUCAUUGAUCAAGGGUUUAGCUUUGAGCAAUGAACAGGGAAUUCGUCUACUGACCGAUCUGAUUCGAGAAGAGCUACAAAUCCCUUGUGCUGUGAUUAUGGGUGCAAAUCUCGCUACUGAGGUUUCUCAAGAAAACUACUGUGAGGCCACCAUUGGGGCGAAGGAUUUGUCGAUCGGACGCGAGUUGAAACUUUUGUUCCAGACCAACUACUUCCGAAUGACUAUCAUUAAGGACGAAGUAGGAGCAGAAUUAUGCGGCGCUUUGAAAAAUAUUGUCGCUGUCGGUGCUGGUAUCAUUGAAGGCCUGGGCUACGGUGAUAACACCAAAGCAGCUGUGAUCCGGUUGGGUUUCAUGGAGAUGAAAGCAUUUAUCUAUCAGUUCUUCGGUGAUCGAGAUCCUCAAGAAGGCACAUUUCUGGAAAGUUGUGGUGUAGCCGAUCUGAUCACCACUUGUUACGGAGGCCGAAACAAACGCAUGGGUAUCGCAUUGGCGAAAUCCAACAAAUCAAUACAGGAGCUAGAACGUGAGCAGUUGGAUGGACAAAGCGCCCAAGGUCCUCUCACCGCGAGUGAGGUGUUCGCCAUGCUGGAACGAAUGAAACUAACCGAUCGAUAUCCGCUUUUCACGGCAGUUCAUCGAAUUUGCACCCGCCAGUUGGCCGCAAAUGAGUUUAUCAACUGUCUGGCCGAACAUCCGUCUCACAUGUAA